CACUCCCUAGCUUAAUAAUUCGACGUACUUACGAAACGAGAUCGAGAUCUUGAGUCGGCAGAACUUAACAUGGCAACUACUACCCAAAGCAAAGCCACACUACCAGCCUCUGUUAUUAUUAAUGGAUCAAGCAGGCUUCCACCCAAGAAGGAGGAUCAGCAAGAGCUGCGGCGCGCCUACUCGGAAAUGGCGAGCAACCUGGAGAAGCUCGUCGUCGUCCCCGGCACCGACGAGGCGCCACCGGAGGCGGAGACGACGGCGCGGUGCGCGUGCUGCGGGGUGUCGGAGGAGUGCACGGCGGCGUACGUGGGCCGCGUCCGGGCCGCCUUCUGCGGGGACUGGCUGUGCGGGCUGUGCGGGGAGGCCGUGAAGGAGCGGAUGCUGGCCGACGGGCUGCGCGUGGAGGCGGCCCUCGCGGCCCACGAGGACGAGUGCAGGGAGUUCAACUCCACCACGCGGCUCAACCCGACGCUGUCGCUGGCGGGAUCCAUGCGGGGCAUCGCGCGGCGGAGCUUCGACCGGAGGAGGACCACGGCGGGGGCGGGGUUGGCGUCGGCGUCUUGUCAGGACCGAAGCCUCCGGACGGCGGCUUCUAGGGCCGUGGCGCUGGCGAGGUCGGCCAGCUGCGACCCGCGGUUCCUCCUGUCCGACGUGGCCGGCGGUGACGAUGGUGCUGAUACGUGAGACCGGCAACGCGUUCGGCCCAUGGGCCACGGCCUCACGAAACUAAUAGUACUACCGUCGUGCCUUCAGAUCGAUGCAGGAGUACGUAAUUAAGACCGUCAAGAAAAAAAAAAGCGAGUGUACGUAAUUAAGCAUGUUUAGUUAGUUUCCUAAAAGAAAAGCAUGUUUAGUUUAAUGGUGGUAUUGCACAGGUGAAUCGUUACGCGUGCAUGAUAAUAUCGCACGUGCAUAUGCAUAAAGAUCGAUAUAUGCGUGGUUAUUGUAUGAACUGAAAGCUAAGCGACAUGUAUAUGCAGAUGCUCUUGAACCGCGGGAAAAAAAAAGAUAUGCAUCGACCUUUUUUUUUU